GCGGAAGUGGCGCGCGGCGUGAGAAGGGCCCCCCCCCGCCGCUCGCCAUCAACGCGGCGCCGACGCGAGCAGCUGACGGGGAGCCGCGGCCGCGGCGUCUGCGCCUUGUCCGUGUGCGGUCCGUGUCGGGAGCGCGAGCUGACGGGGCGACAGGAAACCCCGCGGCAUCGAGGGGACGUCGCGCGCCAGGGGCACCACCACCUGCCCCGUGAGGGCCUCCUGUGGCUCCCCCCCGUCUCUCUCCUCCCUUCCCUGUCCCCUCCCGCGGGGCCAUGGCGCGGUGCGAGGAGAAGGCGCCGCCCUUCUUCGAGAGUCUGGGCGAGGCGGCGCGGGAAGUCUUCACCAAGGGCUACGGCUUCGGGCUCGUCAGGGUGGACUUCACGACCAGGGCGGCCAGUGGAGUGGAAUUCAACACCCGCGGGGCGUCCCACACGGAGUCUGGCCGCGUGAGUGGCGCCCUGGAGACGCGCUACCGCUGGCCCGAGCGCGGCCUGCGCCUCGUCGAGUGCUGGAGCACCGACAACUGCCUGGGGACCCGCAUCUCGGUGGACGACCAGUUGGCAAAGGGGCUGCAGUUGGUUUUUGACACAAGUUUUUCUCCAAACACUGGCAAGAAGACUGGGCUGGUGAAGGUUCUAUAUGCACGACCAUUUGUUUCGGCCACAACGGAUGUGGAUGUGUCCUUGGAAGGGCCCAUUGUGGCCAGCUCCGUGGUGCUCGCAGCCCGAGGCUGGCUCGCCGGGUACCACAUGGGGCUCGACGUUGGCAAAAGGAAGAUCACUUCUAACCGCAUUUCGCUGGGAUACAUGACCGAGGACUUCCAGCUUCUUACCAACGUAGUUGACGGAGUGGAGUUUUCGGGUUCCUAUUUCCAGCGUGUGAGCGAGCGGCUCGACACGGCUGUGCGUCUGGCCUGGAGUGCCGGUGCCCCCCACCCACGCUUCACUUUGGGGGGCACCUACAAGAUCGACCAGAAUGCCUCCGUGUCGGGGAAGAUGAACAGUGCAAGCCUGCUGGGACUGAGCUACACACAAGCCCUGCGGCCUGGAGUGAAACUGAGUUUCUGUGGACUACUCGAUGUAAAGAAUAUCAACUCUGGCGGUCACAAACUUGGGCUGGGCCUGGAGCUGGAGGCUUAGUCUCGUCAUGGCCGGAGGGCGGUGCGCGCGUGAUGCACACGUGCAAGUACACGCGUGCGACGCGGGUUCCGACACAGGGCUCAUAUUUGCACGUUAAGGAAUUUUGCACAUGUAUAUAUACUCCUUGCAAUUAGCACGGUUGGCUACAUAUGAUGUGAAAGCAUUUCAACAUGCAUACACAUGGAUAUGUGGAUACAUAAGGAGACCCUAAUCUCUGUCGAUACACUACGGUUAAAACAAUGUUAUAAUGUGAAUAAUUGCACAGUUUAUAUACAUUCUUUGUUUCUGGAACUUAUAUAAAUCUAUGUAUAAAUGCUACAAAUGUAAACUGAUGCGAAAUCAAAUAUAACAUUCCUGUGCACGAUAAUAAAUGUCCAAACGUGUUAAAUCUGGGGCGAUUGUACAUUAAAAACUAAACGGUUUUAGUGAAUUGUGCAAGGUUAUGUGAUUGCAGUAUAUGGAAUUGUGGGAAUGUAAACUGUUCCGCAGUGGCUAAUCUUUCGCAGUGUUGUGAUGAGCAGUGUAAACUAAACCUCCAACAGUGGUCUCCACUGUCGGGUGAAUGGCCCCCCACACCACCAACACCCGCUCGGUGGUGCUGCUGCUACAGUGGACCUCGCACCCGCAAACGUGGUCCUCACUCCGUUUCUCAUUGGACAUAUUCGCAGGCUUGCUGCCUCAGUAUAAAUCCAAGUGUGUAUCUCUCCGUGCUUGGCACACUUUCCAAGUUGUGUUUUGUUGGCAGUAUCUAUGUUUGUGAUCCACACUUAAUAAGAAAUUCGGUGAAGAACCCCUGUUAAUUCAUGUCCUGCUGUAUACUUUGUGGCGUGCUCUAAAAGCACUGGCUGCUGCUGUCCUUGCAUUAAAGCAUUUAUCCGACAAG